CUUCUCACGUUUUCUUGCGAUACGCUUCAUUCUCCCCUCGCGGUCGGAGGAAACAGGAUUUUCGAGGUGCGCGCAACUCGGUCAUGUCAAGCAAAUGUUGUGCUGCGGCAGCGAUUCGGAAAACCUUGAGGACUGCCGGUCCGACGCGGCCUCGGCCAGCUGCAGUCUGGUGAACAUGUCGCGCAUUGGGAGGCCACGCUCGGGACUGUACGAAAUGCUGACGACGAUGGUCCGCGCCAACGUCGAGUACUUCAGAGAAGUGCAGACGGAGACGGGAAGUAAGAUACUCGCGCACCUAAACUCGAUGCAUGAACUACUGCCUACGGUCGAAGCCUCGGCCAACAGAAUCAUCAGCUCUGCGCACCUGUUUGACUUCGACUCGGAAACUCCCGCGAACGGCUUUCGAAGCAUCGUUUCGGUCACAGAUAGGUUCGUCCCUUUGGCUGCAAAACUGUGCAGGGCGCUGCAAAUGAAGCGCGGUUCGCCGUUUUUCCGAGGCGAGAGUUUCGCUAAAGAAUUGGGUGACCACGUCGGCGUCUUGCGCGGCCUGAAAUCUGCCUUGUCCAUACUGGAACAGAUGAUGGAGCACACGGAUAAGGGGAGCCUGUUCGUGGACGAAAACAUGAAGUUCAACGACUUGUUCAAGGAGUUUGACAACUUCGAGCCCACGAGCUUCUACGGGCGCUGCAUGGGAUUUUAUUUUUGUGAUGCUAUCAGGCGAACGUUACGCAAAGGCCAUGCUGUUUUGUCGGCCUAUCGGGACCACUAUUACCAGACCGGCAGUAACUUUGGAAGUACCUCAACGCUCAUCUGGAGGUUCGGAAAAUACAGCAUAGAUACAGAAUUGAGGGCCAAGCAGAUGGUGGAAAUGCGGAAAAAUGUCCACAUCGAUUUUCUCAAAUCGAUGUGGUCGCUCAAUGAACAAGUUCUCCUUAAGAAAGUGAACAAGUUUAUUUCUUCAUCACUGCUAGUCUGCUGCGAUGUGGUGGUUCCUCUCGAACGUUUGGGCCUGCCAAAAGUCGACGAGCCGUCCACACUUGUAGAGAUACCAUUUCCUUCAUCUCACGGUCCCCCUGCACCCGUACGAUGCCGCCUGCUGUCGUCAGCAGUCAGAGAUGGAAUGCAAUCACUGUUGCCGAGCAACCUGGUCAACUCAUCUGACGUCCUGCCACCUUCCCAUGGUCUCAUAUUGCACUUUCAUGGGGGUGGAUUCAUUGCGCAGUCUGCAGAGUCGCACGAGAUCUACUUAAAGGACUGGGCUCGCCUGGUGAAUGUACCGAUUCUCUCUGUGGACUAUUCCUUAUCGCCAGAGAGUCCUUACCCGCGGGCAUUGGAAGAAGUGACCUUCGUGUAUGGUUGGGUCCUCAACAACUGCCACAAGCUAGGCUGGACAGGUGAGCGCAUCUGCCUAGCCGGGGACAGUGCGGGCGGUAACUUGUGCCUUGCGCUGAGCCUGAAGAUGAUUCAGCUGCAGUUACGCCGCCCCGACGCCAUGUUCUGUGCUUACACUCCAGUCAUGCUCAACGCUCAUCCAUCUCCAUCCAAAGUGCUCACGUGCAUGGACCCACUCAUACCGCUUGAAUUUCUGCUCACCUGUGUUCACGCCUAUGUUAGUGUGGAGCCGAAUGACACUAGGCAGCAGGACGCCAGAAACACACAAGCCAUCCACACAGCAGUGGAGGCAUUGUCACUGGUGUCGAAUAAGGAACACGAGCCGGACAGUGAAAGCUUGCAUUCAAAAGGAAACGUGUCUUCUGAAGAGUCCCAGAAAGAACAGCCGCCCCCUCGUCGCGUUGACGAGCACGAGAGACUGAACGAUUUACAUCAGGACUGUGCAGAUCGUGCAUCGCUGCCAGCUACAAAUGGCAUAGAAGUGAACGCUGGCGAAGAGCAGGUCAUAUUUGAGAUUCCCGCUGACCUGUCGGCAUCGUUGCGGCGCAAAGCGGCAGAAAUGAGCAAGCAGAGCUUGGAGAAGGUAUCGGGGCCGGCUUCGAGAAGACGACUUCCCAAGACUCGUCGGGAAGCACUGCCAUGGUUUCAUCCAGAAAACCCGUCCCGGUUGAAGACGUUGGAAGCAUUGGUGGCUCGAGCGGAGGAUCCGUUGAUGACGCCGUACUUGGCUUCGGAUGACUUGUUGAAGAACAUGCCUCCUGCUUACUUUUUGUGCCUUCACUUUGAUCCAGCUUUAGACGACAUGAUCAUGUUCGCCAAGAAGUUGCGCACUCUGGGCUGCCAGGUCACUAUGCGUGUACUGGAUGACCUGCCGCACGGGUUCCUUAACCUCUUUCCUCGUGGGAACGAGGCCCUCGAUGGCAUUCAGUGCUGUGUCACUAUGCUCAGGGCUGCCCUUCAUAUGGAGACACUGGGUGGAAAAUGAGUAUUUUUUAUACGCCCGAUUUACAUCCAGUGGCCGAAUAAUAAUAAUAGGGGCAGUUUUUUGCGAGUGAAACUUGUAAAGAAGCUAGGAAACACCCUAGGCAAGUCCUUUAAGCACCCACUUGCAUUGCUUUUGAAUGUAAGAGGUCCUUUAUUAUAUUGAGAUUUACUAAAGCGUUAUAUAUCAUUGUUGACAAUUUACAAUGAAACUAUGCAUUUCCCGUAAGAGGCCAAAGUAGUUGGAGGUUUGCAAUUAUUUGUGUGGCGAAGUGCAGUACUUGUGGUGUAUUUUGGAAUGAGUAGUUCGGUAUUUAAACAGAUGAGAGCCUUACAUAUCGCUGCCAGCAGUCAGUAAUGUUUACAGGGUGUUGUGAAAUGCCUUAUCACGCAAAAUAAGGCCUGCCUGUGAGUGCAUACAGGUUUAUUGUUGCUUGUGAGGAAAAGACUGCUAUUUUAUUGAUCCGGUGAAGGACGAUCAUAUCACAUCAUUCGUGCAUGCCUUAAUCAGAGAGCUGAUUUUGUAACUAGGAGGGCCCUUGGUCAUAAUAUUGAACAAGAAAUCGUGAAGCACGAAAGCACUGAGCACUUAUUCAAUGGCGAAUUCUUUUACAGACACUUUACAGACAGCAUCAUGGAGAUAUGAAAAUACAAAGCAGGAAAACUAUCAGCGCUCUUUUUCGUUUUCUCUACUAUUUAGUCUAUUAAUGAUGGUUCAAUGAGAUUAAUAUUUCUAGCUCACCUGUUUCUCUUUUUUUGUUGCGUGUGUUGUUAGUCACAGCUGUGUUAUUUUGAUUUAUUGAUAUAUGGGGUUUAACGUCCCAAAAUCACCAUAUGAUUAUGAGAGACGUCAUAGUGGAGGGCUGCAGAAAUUUCUAACACCUGGGGUUCUUUAACGUGCACCCAAAUUCGAGUACACGGGCCUACAGCAUUUUCGCCUUCAUUGAAAGUGCAGCCUCUGCAGCCGGGAUUCGAUCCCACGACCUGCGGGUCAGCAGCCGAGACAGCUGUGUUGUUUAAGCUUGUGUGAAUAUUCAAAUGUUUGGAAUAUUUGAAGGAAUAGUACAGUAUUCAAAUUCGUUUCGAAUAAAAUUUAAAUUAUUGAAAA